GCGUACUGAGCAUUCUGUCCUAUUAGUCUUUUCCUGCCAGCACUACGUCUCCCUCAACUACGUCACACGCACGCAGCUACGCACUAGGUCCUGGAAGCUUUGAACGCAGCGGCCAGCAGGACUCGGAGGUAAAGGAAGUGUCAGAAUCAUGUCUGGAGAUGACUUUUCGUUGGCAGAUGCUUUAGGGGACACUACACCAGCUAAGAAACCAGAUGUAAGCAACCCAAAAGGUGCCCAGCAGCAAAACAACUGGCCAGGGUCUAAUGCCUGGGGUUCAACCCCCAGUCCUGCACCAGGUUCAGGACCUGCACCUUCUGCUCCUGGUGCUGCUCCAUCACAUGCACCAUAUGGACAAGCUCCAGGAGGAAUAUACCCAGGUUUUCCUACAGGACCCCAGCCUGCCACACCAAAUGCACCUUCGGGCCCAACUGCACCCUAUCCAGGGGCUCCUGCUGGAAAUUACCCAGGAGCACCAAAUGCCCCAUCUGGACCAACAGGGUCCUUUCCAGGAGCACCUUCUGGGCAGUAUCCCACAGCUCCAAAUGCCCCUACUGGACCAGCUGGUCCAUAUCCAGGAGCUCCUGGAGGUCAAUACCCAACAGCACCAAAUGCCCCGACUGGACCUGCGGGACCUUAUCCAGGAGCCCCAGCUGGUCAGCACCCUUCAGCACCGAAUGCUCCUUGUGGGCCUUAUCCAGGAGUUCCUGCUGGACAGCAUCCAGGAGCACCUACAGGUCCUUACCCAACAGCACCUUCUGGGCAGUAUCCAGCUGCAUCCUAUCCUUCAGCGCCAUCUGGAACACCAGCACAACAUCCAAGCCCCGCUGGUGGCUCCGGCCCAACUAAUACUCCUGGUGGUCCAUACCCUGCACCUAAUAUGCCCUAUCCUGGACCUUCUGCUCCAUUUGGUCAAUCAGGUCCAUCACCUGCUGAUCCUUGGGGUUCUGGCUCAUGGGGAUCACAAGGUGGGCAGUACCCAGCACCUCCAAACAUGCCAUAUCCAGCAAGUGGGCCAUAUGCAUCUCCUGGCCAGGGAUCCGGUGCUCUCCCAUCAGUGCCGUGGGGAACUGUGCCUACGGGUCAGUGGGGACCAGGCCCCUCUGUUCCAUUCUCUGGAGCCCCUGGAUCCUAUCCAGCUCCAGGCUCAUAUCCCUGAAGAUAAAUAUGCUCCAGUAUUUGUUUCAUUGACCUCUGGGACCAGGGUGUCAUCAUGUCAUCUUUAAUCAAGAAAUGCUGGAAGAGCCGAGUGCCUAAUCAACGAAUCAUGUUUUAUUUAGAAACAUAUAGUAGCUUCUUUAUUCUACCACUUUGUAAGUCUUCAUAUUUGUUAUUUUACGGAGUGAAGAUUUAGGGCAGAGACACCUGGUCAGAUUCGGGGAGAUUAAUCGCCGGGCGACAAAUCUCCUCUUCUUCUGGCGACUAAUCUCCCUGAACUGCCUUACCGCCGGCUAGAAUGUAAAUCGCCAGCCGGAUGGCACUCGGAACGAUUAAAUUCUAGCCAGCAGGGAAGGCAGUUCGGGAAGAUUAGUCGCCCGAAGAAGAGGAGAUUUGUCGCUGGCCGACUAAUCUCCCUGAAUCUGAUCGUGUGUCUCUGUCCUUAAGAUGAAUAGUCAACCAAUUGGCCUCUGUAAUAUUCUUAUAGCCUCUCUCUUGUGUAAAGAAGAUACACCAUAUUUUUAGAUUUUGUAUUCAAGACAAGAUGCUGUUUACGUGCACAGCUCUUAUCAAUUUAAGGCACUGAUUGUUUUGAUUUAUAUUUGUAUAGCUGCUUUCUGGACACGUUUGCUUCUGUUGCAUUAUUUUCACAGAAGAUGGGAAAUAUAUUCAUAACCACAUGCCAAAAAUCAUUUUAACAGCAUGGCUUUUAAUAUUAAAGAAUUGCUGGGA